AUGUCCGCCGCCGCCGCCGCCGCCACCGUCGCUCGCCGCCAACAGCAGUUCGCCCCGUCGCUCCACCCCGCCCACUUCUACCCCCUCGAAGAGUACCGUAACAUGCCCCACCGCGUCCACUCCGCCGACGCCCACAGGAACCCCGGGUCCGUGCACUAUCCCCCUCCCCCCGACUACCAUCGCGGCGCUGACCACAGCGGCUUCAGUCACCACCCCGACGACGCCCACUACCCCCGCAUGGCCUCCCAGCCCACCCCGCCCCCCAUCGCCACCCUCCACCACUCCCCUGCCAUGUCCACUUCCUCCCUCGCCAGCUCCUCCAUCUCCCCGUCCCCCCCGACCUCCCAGCCGCCCACCCCGUACUACCAGCACGCCCAGGCCGCCCCCAUGAGCGCGCCCCCGUACCCGUACAACCCCAACGCCUCCAUGCCCGCUCGCUACGGUGACCCCGGUGCGCCCUACACCACCGCUGCGCACCCCGUCUCCGUCUCGACGCGCUCCAUCCGGCCCUCGUACGUCCCCACCCAGCCGUACCCCGGCCAGGCCAACUAUAUCAUCCACACCGACGACGCCGCGACCAAGCUCUCUGACCGCGUCCGCCGCAAGUGCUACAACUGCCGCACGACCGACACGUCCACCUGGCGCCGCUCCAGCCUCACCCCGGGCAAAGUGCUCUGCAACAAGUGCGGCCUCUUUGAGCGCACGCACUCGCGCCCGCGCCCCGAGCAAUUCCCGCACAAGCGCGGCCCGCUCGUCACCGCGACCUUCAAGUCUGCGCGCACUCCCCCGCCCGGGUCCUCUGGUGGGGUACAGCGCCUCCCGCCCAUCGCCGCGCACCACAUGCACGCGAUGCCGCCGCACCACUCGAACCACCCCUCCAUCGCGCCGCUCAUGCCCCGCGCGGACGGGUCCCCGCAUCAGCACCCCGCGCAGAUCCCUCAGCCGCCGCCGCCGGGCCAAGGCCAAGGCCAGCAGGGCUACCCGAGCGCGAGCACCGUUCCUGAGAUCCGCUCGCUGCUGAACACGCCCGCGGGGCAUGCGCAGGAAUCUGCAGACGGGACGCGCCCGCCGUCGCCCGAGCAGCAGCAGCAACAGCAGGUGCAGGCGGCGCCCGAGAGCCCGCGUGGGGAGCGCCGCGAUGCGUAUCGCGCGGCCAACUAA